CACAGCGCCAGAGGGCGCAGGCGGCUCGGCCACCCCCGCCUGUCGACCGUUCGGGCUGUUCCGCUCGGACCCGGCCCGGGUUCUGGCCCCGCGAUGGGAGCGGCUCCCUGGGGGCUGAGCUUGGCAGCAUUGUCCACCUGAACCCAUCCUUAAGGCUGCAGAGGAGCCCCGUCCACCCACGCCCUUCUUGGCCCGUUCUGGGGUCACCUCGGCCUGAGGCUGGCCGGCCUGCUUCGUAGCGGUCGGCUGUCCCAACGGAGGAAAUGAUCCUCGCAUCGGUGCUGGGGAGCGGUCCCCGGGGUGGGCCUCCACUCCGGCCCCUCCUGGUACCCGCACUCUCUCUCCGCGCCCGCUCCACUUCCAUCACCGAUACACACCACAUGGAGAUGGCUCGGGAACGUUCCAAGACCGUCACCUCCUUCUACAAUCAGUCGGCCAUUGAUGUGGCUGCAGAGAAGCCCUCAGUCCGCCUUACACCUACCAUGAUGCUCUACUCAGGGCGCUCUCAGGAUGGCAGCCACCUUCUGAAAAGUGCCCGUUACUUGCAGCAGGAGUUACCCGUGAGGAUCGCUCACCGCAUCAAGGGCUUCCGCAGCCUUCCAUUCAUCAUUGGCUGCAACCCCACCAUAUUGCAUGUGCAUGAGCUGUACAUCCGUGCCUUCCAGAAGCUGACUGACUUUCCUCCGAUCAAGGACCAGGCAGAUGAGGCCCAGUACUGCCAGCUUGUGAGACAACUGCUGGAUGACCACAAAGAUGUGGUGACUCUCUUAGCUGAGGGCCUGCGCGAGAGCCGGAAGCACAUAGAGGAUGAGAAGCUUGUCCGCUACUUCUUAGACAAGACACUGACCUCAAGGCUUGGAAUUCGCAUGUUGGCCACACAUCACCUGGCACUGCAUGAGGAUAAGCCCGACUUUGUAGGCAUCAUCUGCACUCGCCUUUCACCAAAGAAGAUUAUUGAAAAGUGGGUAGACUUUGCCAGACGCUUGUGUGAACACAAGUACGGCAACGCCCCCCGGGUCCGCAUCAAUGGCCACGUGGCUGCCCGUUUCCCCUUCAUCCCUAUGCCGUUGGACUAUAUCCUGCCUGAGCUGCUCAAGAAUGCCAUGAGAGCCACAAUGGAGAGCCAUCUAGACACUCCUUACAACGUCCCUGACGUGGUCAUCACCAUUGCCAACAAUGAUAUUGAUCUUGUGAUCAGGAUUUCAGACCGGGGCGGGGGGAUCGCUCACAAAGACCUGGACCGGGUUAUGGACUACCACUUCACUACAGCUGAGGCCAGCACUCAGGACCCCCGCAUCAGCCCACUCUUUGGCCACUUGGACAUGCACGGUGACGGCCAGUCAGGACCCAUGCAUGGGUUUGGAUUUGGGCUGCCCACAUCACGAGCCUAUGCAGAGUACCUUGGUGGUUCCCUCCGGCUGCUGUCCCUGCAGGGCAUUGGCACGGAUGUCUACCUUCGGCUCCGUCACAUAGAUGGCCGGGAGGAGAGCUUCCGCAUCUGAUUGCACAACCCUUGGCCUGCUUGCAGCCCAGCCUUGGCUACACCCCUUGCCAGGACCUUCGGGGCUAGGCAGGGUGCCUCCCUACUCCAUGUGCUGCUGGCCUUGGGUCUUAGAGCUCCAAACAGAUGGACUACACGGAGUUGGGCACCACCCAUCAGCAGAAUUACCUGUUUCCUGCCCUCGCCGUGAAGGGUGGAAGAGGGGCCUUCUGAGGUCUCCAGCACCAGCUCCAUCAUUGUUGUUUCUGGAAACUCCAAUUUUGACCUGCUGUUUGUUAUUAAAGUUCACAUUAUGAA